AACCGUCGCCUCAUCGUCCACAGGGCAAAUAGUUUUGAAAUCGUCUGGAGCGAUAGUCGUUUGUACCCUGCUGGCUCGGGUGUACAACUAGAAAUCUACGAAAUUUAUAGAAUCACAGUGGUGAAUUCAGCAUUUUGAAGUUAUUUUAUUCUCAGAGAAACUUUUUAAAAGAUCAUUCUACGGAGUGAAGAAGAGAGAAAGAUGUUCUUCUCGGGGUUCGUUUUAUUUAGUGUGCUCUUUGCAUGUGCCAACGUCCAUGGUCGGUCUCUGGACUCGGAUUUAAUAUCACCUGAAGAUGCCGAUUACUACCUAGGAGCUUCCUCGACUUCAAAAAUGCAAGAAUUCGAAGUCGUCAGUCCUUGGGAGGUUGAAAACUCGAGGAAAAAGAGGGAGGCCGAUAAUCCAUUUGACAUUUCUGAAUUUAAAUUCAGCGCCUUUGGCGAGGAGUUCCACCUUCAACUCACCACCAACCGGCAGCUGACGCCCAAGGGACUCAAAGUACACUACGUGGACGCAGACGGUAACGUUGAAGAGCGACCUCUACCGUCAGAACACGACACCUGCUACAAAUUUGGCAGGGUUUUGUCACACGAGGGCGCUAGUCGAGUUGCUGUCAGCACUUGCAACAAUGGUUUGGCUGGUAUCAUCAAGUUGGAAGGCUACGAAUUAUUCAUCCAGAAACUGACCGACGAUCACACUGACUCCGUCCGUAGAAAGAGACGCGAUUUGGAGAACCCUCACAUUGUUUACCGCCGAUCAGCUGACGAUGAUGUCAUCGAGGAUACCGAGAACGGAGACAACGAGACGGAUGUUCACUUCUGUGGACUGGAACGUCCUUACUACCACUUCAUGGAAGAUCAGGCUGAUAUGGAGCUCCCGGGCGAAGACGACGAAGCAAGGAGGAGGAAGAGAGAAGCCUGCAGCGAUGGAUCGACGAUUGGAACCAAGACAUUGGAACUUCUUCUUGUCAUCGACUCCGAGAUGAACUCCGUUCACUCCUCCAUGGGGCGUAGUGCGACCGAUGUUGCCCUGGCACUCAUGAACACCGUUGCCAGUAGUUAUUUGCAUGAUUCGCUCGGUGUUCCUCUCAUCAUCAAGAUUGUUCAGAUGCGGGUUCUCCAAAGCACAACUACUUCUUACGGAACCGGCACGCUGACCGUUACGGCUGACGGAGGAACCACAUUAACCAGUUUUUGCAAGUACCAAAAAGCCAUCAACAGUGUGGAUGAAAACAGCUUGAACCACUUCGACAACGCGGUGCUGAUGUCUGGAUACGACUUGACUCUACAAGGCAGCAGUUCUCUUCUUGGAAUCGCUCAGUUCAACGGGGCCUGUAGCAGAGACUACGCAUGCGCUCUGGUGGAGGAAUCGGGCUUCGGGUCCAGUGUGGUCAUCACUCACGAACUGGGACAUAACCUGGGUAUGGAACACGAUGGCGAUGGACGAUUCUCCGAUAUUGCUUCAGCUUGCACCAAUGGAGUCAACAUAAUGGCCUCAGCCAGGACCUAUGGGCCCAACUCCUUCAUCUGGUCAUCGUGCAGCGCACAGCAACUCCAAAAUUUCCUCUGCCACCCUUUUGUGACAUGUCUUGACGACAGUUCACCGAGUGGCAACCCCCAUCCCUUGGAUCCUAACGAUAUGCCCGGCGUCCGGUACACGGCCGAUGAACAAUGUCGGGUUAUCAACAGUCUAACCACACAGACAUGCUCUAGGAGCACGUGUGGUCAUUUGGCGUGCCUACACCCUAAUGGUCAGUGCGUUGGGACGGGCGUGGCUUCGUUGGAUGGCACAUCGUGUGGAACAAACAGGUGGUGCGUUGAAGGAAACUGUGUGGAUGUAACAACGGUCAAUCCACCUCCAGGUCAACCACCAGUGGAUGGGGGAUGGUCAGCCUGGACGACUGGUCCGUGUUCGGUCACUUGUGGUCAAGGUGUCCAAAGCAGAACCAGGCAGUGCAACAACCCACCGCCACAAAACGGAGGUCAACAGUGUUCUGGGAGUUCAACGGAUACUUUAACCUGCUUCCAAGAGGCAUGUCCUGUUUCUGUGAAUGGUGGUUGGUCGCCGUGGUCACCGUUUGGAGCAUGCUCAGUGACGUGCGGCGGCGGGCAGCGGACGAGAACUAGAACCUGCACCAACCCGACUCCUCAGAAUGGUGGUCUACCGUGCUUUGGAUCAGGAACUAGCAGUCAAGUUUGCAACACACAGGCAUGUCCCGUUGUUAUUAAUGGAGGCUGGUCGUCGUAUCAAUUUGACGGACCUUGCUCAGCGACGUGUGGUGGUGGACAACAAACGCUGAGAAGAACGUGCGAUAAUCCUCGUCCCCAGAAUGGUGGAGCUAAUUGCGUGGGAAGCAACGUUCAAAUUAUCAACUGUAACACGCAGGAGUGUCUUAGUGUUGUGGAUGGAGGCUGGUCGUCAUGGCAAAACCAAGGUUCUUGUUCUAGAACUUGCGGCGGCGGACAGCAGACGCAGAUCAGAUACUGUACCAACCCUGUUCCCCAGAAUGGAGGUGCUUACUGUGUUGGGAGCAGCACUCAGACCAUCAACUGUAACACACAGAGCUGUCCUAGCGUUGUGAAUGGCGGCUGGUCGUCAUGGCAAAACCAAGGUUCUUGUUCUAGAACUUGUGGCGGCGGACAGCAGACGCAGUAUAGAUACUGUAACAACCCUGUGCCACAAAAUGGCGGCGCUUAUUGCUCAGGAAAUAGCUACCAAGUUGCAGACUGCAAUGUGCAGGCCUGUGGUACCGAUGGUGGGUGGUCUAACUGGGGUGAAUACAGCGCAUGCUCAGUGUCAUGUGGUUACGGCCACAGGUCUCGUUAUCGGACUUGCACCAAUCCAGCUCCCCAGUCUGGUGGUGCUUCUUGUUCAGGACCCAAUUAUCAAUCUUCGCAAUGUGGAAACGGACAGUUCUGUCCGGUCAGUGGCGGUUGGUCAGCAUGGUCAGCAUAUAGUCCCUGCUCAGUGACCUGUGGAAAUGGACAGACCACACGGACCCGUACUUGCACCAAUCCAGCUCCCCAGAAUGGAGGACAGACUUGCACCGGUUCCAGCACCGAGUACCAGCAGUGUAGCAACUCACUGGCAUGUUCUGUUCCUGUGAAUGGUGGUUGGUCGUCAUGGUCACUAUUUGGAGCAUGCUCAGUGACGUGUGGAGGCGGACAGCAGACGAGAUCGAGAACCUGCACAAACCCGACUCCCCAGAACGGUGGUUCAACAUGCUCUGGAUCAGCAUUGGACAGUCAGUCAUGUAGCACUCAGAGUUGUCCAACUACCUCUGGUCAGACUGUAAGGGGUACCUACAAUGAAGGAACUUACAGAGAAUACAAUGAGUUUUUGAGCAUUCCAGUGGGUGCGACCGCUAUUACUAUCUCCAACACCAAUCUGGUCACAUUUAUGGCUGUCAAACACGGCAAUAACUUUGUCAUCGGAGAUGCUGCUAGAACCUCACUCCCACCACGAACGAUCACCACGGAAACCUAUCAAGGAACGCCCAUCACACAUGAUUACUUCUCCAACGGGCAAACUGUUGAGACGAUCACGAUAGCCGGCCCAACGAGCAUAGAACUCACAGUCCUGGUCUACGUGCUGUUGAAUCCCGAUCUGUUUGGCACUCAGGCGAUCCCAAGCAUUAGUUGGUCCUUCCAAUCAGCAGCCAACGAGUACCGAUGGGUCUUGACCGAGGGCCCAUGCAGCGUGACCUGUGGCUCAGGUACACGUACGGAAGUCGUCCAUUGUGCACUCAUUGUCAACCAGCAGCAGUAUCUAUCGGAUGACGAGAGUAUCUGCAGUCAUUUAGUCAGACCUACUCCCAGUGUACAGACUUGCAAUGAAGCGACAUGCAAUCCGGAUGCAAGUUGGUAUGUGGGCCAGCUGGACUGUUCGGGUUUAUGUGGUCAAGCAAGUGGACGACGUACUGUUUAUUGCAUUGCAACGUCAGCCUCGAACCCCUGGCAGAUUGUGGACGAUUCUCGCUGUCCUCUUGAGCUGGAACCGUCAGAUACUGCCGAUUGUCAAGGCUUGCCUCCAUGUGUAUCAAGUCAGACUACUUGCAACACCACUGUGACCACAGAAGGCUCCAUUAAUCGUAUGAUCAGUCCAACCGGAGGCGAGCUAUGUGCCUAUACAAUAGUGGCACCCUUGGGCAUGCUGAUCAACGUACGGAUCAACAGUGUCAACAUUGCAUGCUCCCAAGGUGAGGAGUUGGUGUUCAAGGAUGCCUACAAUACCAGACUCAACUUCUGUGAAGUGGCCGUCAGCCCUGGCUCCACCAAGCAAUCCCGCACCAACGUAGCACAGAUUGAACAUAGGACCACACAAGCCGGUCACGGUUACAACAUUGAAUACAGUUUUGUGUCCAGCAGUCAGCCGUCAAGUUGCGAUGAGAUACUCAUGGACAGCACAGGGAUCAUCCAAAGCCCCAGUUACCCAAACAACUACGGCAAUAAUCUCCUCUGUAAGAAGUACAUCGUUGCCCCGGCCGACAUGAAGAUUGCCAUCUCCUUCAACACCCUGAGCUUGUUUGGUGACUGCGCCCGAUGGGCUCCGCUGUUCUACGACUACCUUAAGAUCCACGACUACGAUAAAAAUACCUACCGUUGGUUUUGCGGACACUUUGAUAACCCGUCCCAGCACAACUACGAGUCAAUCUCCAACCGAGUUCUACUCACCUUCAGGAGUGACAACCAAAACGUCGCUCAAGGAUUCCAAGCGACUUACUCAUUUGUCCCAAGAAAUUGAUAAGUUUUUAUUUGAGUUGUUUAAUUUCACUUUUCAGUUGACCUUACUCCUUCAGCCUCUUUUGCCAUCUCAAAUUAACAAGAUUCUCCUCACUGUGCAGCAACUCAACGGCACAUUUUUGGUACUGUAAGUCGAGGGACAUCAAGUCCCCUACAAAGUAAUAGUGGCUGGGCCGUGUCUUCCUACAUCUUACAAACUCCUCCAAGACCUGGUGGACUUUGAAGGCUCAGAGAUGGUUAACAGAGAAAAAUUGAUGGGAUCUGUUAUUUCGAAACCUGAAAUGUUGGAAUAUGGCACCAAGUGUUUUAACAACCGAGUCGUUGUUGGCAGUAUCCUAGUAUUUCAAUCGUUAUGUGUGAAUUUAACGCCUCGGUGUCAUUUUUAAAAAAUUUGAAAAAGCUUGCAGUGUGGAAAUUAUUAUUAGACUUGGUUGACCCAUCACAAUACUGGAUUUAUAUUUAAGUGACAGAAGAGGAGGGUCAUGGUUGAGGGAGUUUUAUUUUUAUUUUUUAGAUUAGCUGGGAGGGAAUGACAGUGUGCUAUAUCACUCUCAUGAUUGGGGUUUUUUUUUUUGGCCUAUUUUAUCUUUACAAAAUCAAAGUAAUUUUAGACAUUCCUCAAAAAAUGUGGAACCAGUUGACUUUGUUCAUAUAUUGUUGGUACCAGCAUUGCCUUAUUGCUAUACCCUUGCUUAUAAUUCUAUUAUAAAACGUGUGCAUUCCAUUCAACGUAUGUUAAGUAGACUUAUUUAUUUAUGCCACUUAAAGGGUACUGUACACACUUUUUAUCUAUUAUUAUGUGGAAAAUAUAACUCUUCGAUUAUUUAUACGAAAGAUUGUAAAAACUGAAGUAUUCAGGAAGUGUUGCUGGACGACACCUUAACUUGUUUAGUCAACUGUAAUGUAGUUAUCCUGCACCAUGUCUGCGAUAAGUUCAGGUGUGUGUUUCUCCCUACGUCUUUCAUACCUAUGUCUUUCGAUAUUGAGGAAUAUCGAAAAUAUCGAAAAUGUGUCAGAUUAUCUUCAAAAUGCAUCUCCCGUUUGUGCUUUUACUUUGUGUUUAUCGUUUGCUGUAUAAUGAACCAAAACAUGGUGGCAACAUCGCCUGUCCUGGACAAACUAUCAGCGCUGAGAUUUGUUUUAAAAAUUUUAAGCAAUAUGCUCAAUAGAAAGCCGUGGAAAAUUGGUACAAAUUUAAGAUUUUUUUUUAUCAAAGUGUCAUCCUUUUUGUCUUUAACUUUUAUCUGGGACAAUGGAUAUUGAAUAUUCUCGGUAUUCUCGAUAUUGGAUUUCCACAAAUUAAUCACAAGCCAAUCACAAGUCAAUCACAAGUCAUAUCACAAGUCAAUCACAAGUCAAUCACAAGUCAAUCAC